CACGACAGUGCCGAGCCUCGAAAGCUUCCCGCCGCUUAUCGAUUCGAUUAUUCGCACUUGAACGCUCGCGCCGAUCGGACACGCGGCUAAAAACUCGCGGUUAGAGCUCUGUUGAAUAAUUCGAAGAAGAGAAUUCGCCCCCCCUCCCCAACGGUUUCCAGUUUCCAGCGACAGAGGAACAAAGCAAAAGCGCGCGGAUGGAAAUCGUUGAGUAUCAGUUCGUGAUCGUGAUUUGUCUCUAGAAGUGUACUUUUUUUCAUGGAAAAGUGAUAACUGGAGAAAUUCUAGCACGUGACUUGGUAGCGGAUCAAAAACGCUUCAAAGUUUGGGAACAGUCGGAGGAAAAAACGUUCCCCAGGAAUUGAUAAAGAAGUACCAUCCCACCUUUCAGUGGACAAUACACUACAAGAAUAAAACACUUCUUCACAGUUGGAAAAAUGUCGACGACCGAAGCGACGAGCCCCGGAUCGGAGAAUAAGGAAAAUCCCAGCGUUCCGGAGACGACAAAUGGUUCCGCCACCGAGGUACCCCAUCCGAGUGAACCGAGUGGCUCACGUGACACCAAACGGGAAGCAAGCUGGCCGUCGGUGCUGUUUUACAUCCAUCUUAACAUCUUAGGAAUUUAUGGCAUUUUUGUGCUUUUUUCUCACACCUCAGCGAUUACGUUCCUUUUUACGUCAUUGUUAACCUUAUGUGGAAUUUUGGGCGUCACUGCUGGGGCCCAUAGACUGUGGGCGCACAAGACCUAUCAGGCGUCCGCCCUGCUGAGAUUCACCCUGAUGCUGUGUCAAACUAUGGCCGGACAGGGUUCCAUCUACGAUUGGGUCCGGAUGCACCGUCUGCAUCACGAGAAAUUCCGUACCGCGGACGAUCCGUACUACAGCGACAAAGACUUCCUGCACGCACAGGUUUUCGCCAACAUUCGCAAGUUCAGCCCUCGCCAGGAGCAGCUGCUCGAAAAGAUCGACAUGAGCGAUCUCGAAUCGGACGGAAUCGCAAUGUUCCAGAAGCGCUUCUACUGGGUCCUCUACCCGGUGCUGUUUGUCCUGCUGCCAAUCAACGCACCGCUGGAAUACUGGGGAGACACCGUGCAAGCUGCGAUCUUCGUUGCUUUCUCCCUUCGCUAUCUGCUAGUGCUGAACAUUUCCUGGCUGAUCAAUUCGGCCCAUUUCGUCUGGGGAUUGGACAAAAACCAUAAACAGAGUGACUCCAACAUGGUGUUCGUGGUGACCAAGAGCUACUGGCCACAGUACCAUUAUCUGCUGCCGUUCGACUACCAAAGCGGGGAGUUUGGCAGCUACGGUUCCGGAUGCACCACUGCCUUCAUCCGUAUCUGCGCCGCCAUGGGAAUGGCAACCAAGCUGCAAACCAUGACCACCGAAGCCGUCAAGAAGGGUUUGACGAUGGCCGUUGACAGUGGCCGGCCGAUUGUGGACUGCCUGAAGCAGGCCGGAGCCGAGGAUAUGUGCAAUCUGCAACGUGAACACUAUCUCAAGAACGAAAGACUUCACUGAGGGAGAAACCAACGAGCCAACACGUUGAACUCCAUUUUUUAGCAUUAGCAAUCGAUAAACCCGAAAGGAGUGAGUAAUUUAUUUAAAAGAUUUUUGUAACGAACACUUAUUUUUGAGUAAAAAAAAAGCUGAAUUGCACCUA